AUGAUGAUUGCAAAACAACAGACAAUUGUAGCAGCGCUUUUCGCUACCCUCUUUGUGGCUCAUGCAAGUGGCAACCUGCUUUCGGCAGAACCAGAGGGAUACAUUGACUGUCCGCUUUGCGCAAAUGAAACCUUCGGAGUCUAUACGUAUGGAACUUUCAUUGCGGAUAGUGGCGUAGUCAGCUGUCAAGAAGCUUUUGACACAGAUAUUCGUCUGCCCCCAGAAAAUUGCACAGCUUGGCAAUCUCGCGGAGAAGAUGUUUGCCGUUGCGCUGCGGAGCCCCCAGAAAAUCAUGAUUGCAAGUUGUGUGAUGAUGGAGGUUCACUUCCUGAGGGUGCCUUGGCUGCUAUUCCAGGAACUUUCUGUGCCCAGCUACAGGUAGAUGCCACUCGAGACUUCCAGGAUCGGUGCCCAAUUUGGCAGCAAACAAUGGGGAACUACUGUGGUUGCAACAACACAUAUGACGCUAGCAUCUGUCGCAUUUGUACAGAGGGCUACAAGUUUGAUCCAGCCAAAGUUGUCGACGGCUUGGACAACAGCACAAUCUCUUGUGGGCGUCUUGAAUUUUCGGCAAAUUUGGCUUCAGGGGACUUCGGGUGUAGGGAAUACCAAUUCAUUUUUGAGUCUCAGUGCUGUGAGAAGAUUGAGGAGGCACUCCCUGAUAUUAGUGGAACUACGGGGGCAUCUGUGAUGAUGAUUGGAUCCGUAGUGGUUGCUGCGUUCGGUGUUUUGAAUAUGUUGCUAUAA